AUUUUAUUAAAUGAAUCCUAAAUAUACUUAUCACAAAAAGCAAGUUUCUAAUUCAGAGAAGUAAUAGAUCCUAAAAAUCUUAGGAAAUAAUCCUUCUGAUAAGCAUAUUGAAUUUAUUGCUCAUGAAAAUGAUAUCAAAACUAGAACUAUAAGGACAUGGUUAAAGAAUAAAUAGUAAUUUUGCACUGAAAAUAAACAAACAUCUGAUUCUGAGGAUAAUUUAUAUAAUCCAAAAAGAAAGACUAAAGAGGAUAAAGCACUAUUUGAUUACGAAAAGCAAUUCAAUCAAUAAUCUAACUAAUAUAAUUAUGAAAUUACCAAUUCAGAUUUACUUUUAAAAAAUAGUAAUCAUACUGAUUCAACUUAGUUAUAAGGAGUUCUUGCAAUACCAUAAGUUUAACUUCAAACUCUUAUGGAGAAAAAUCAGUAAAAAUAGGAUAAAUAUGCCUUAUAAAAUUUUGAAUCCUUAGCUUUACUUUUAGAUUAAAAUGAUGAAAUUUAUUAACUCGUUUCAUUAUUUUAAAAUCAAGAAAGAUAAAUAGAAAAUAUCAAAAAAGUUUAAUAAGAUAUAUUGGAAUACAUGUGCUCUCAUCUUACCAAAAAACCAAAGAGAAUAUGA